CUUCGUCGGGCGUCAGAAGUCUCGUAUAAACGCAAAAGAACGCAUCUCGCGCUCUCCAGUGCGCGCACAACGGAUUGCCCAAGAGGGUAGCAAAUGAAAAUGGAAAUCAAAUUGGCCCUCGGUGCCACGUGUUUGGUGCUGAGCGCAGCACUUCGGACGGUUGCGGGACAGUACGGGGCGUGUGACUACUCCCUCCAGCUGGCGGCCAGCGGUGUAUCGUACUCGAUCUACUCUCCCAACUACGGUGGGUCAUAUGCCGGCCAGACCCAGUGCCGGUGGACAUUAAGCACUACGCAAGGUUCCCGGAUAGCGCUGUCCUGCAGCGACGUGACGCUUCCCUGGAGUCCCUCGUGCAACACCGAUCGGUUGGUGGUCUCCAGAAGCGGCCACGGUGAGCUGGCCGAUGGACAAGCUUACUGCGGAACCGGAGCGCUCGGGGUUGAAUCGUCCUCCAGCAAGCUGGUGCUGGCGCUGCUCGUGCCCGGUGCGACGAACGGCGGGCGGUUCUACUGUACGGCCACCAAAAUUGAUUGCCAGUGCGGCAUGCGUCGCAAGAAAAAGAUCGUCAAUGGCGCCGAAACGCUGGUCAACGAGUUCCCGAUGAUGGCCGCACUGGUGGACGGAACCGGCGGUGAAGGAAUCUUCUGCGGCGCCACCGUCAUCACGAACUAUCACGCCCUCACAGCUGCGCACUGCUACAUGGGCCGGUCACUGCCUAACCUAGGCCUGCUGGUCGGCGACCACAACAUCAGCACCGGCAGCGAUACACCCUACUCGGCCCUCCUGCUGCUGGCAUCGAUCAAAAUCCACGAACACUACGAUCCCGCUAGCGGAUCGAACGACAUCGCGAUCGUACGCACGCGCUCGGAGAUCCUGUUCAACGCCGGGGUCGGACCAGUCUGCCUGCCGCUGAAGUACGCCGGAGCCUCGUUUGUGGGCAUCGAGCUGGAGGCGGUGGGCUGGGGCACCCUGGACUACGGAGCUCCAAAGUCGAACGUUCCGAUGAAGGUCGGUCUCGCGGUGGUCGGUGCGGCACAGUGCGCCGCUCUCUAUCCCAACUUUUCGGUCACUGAGCAACUGUGCACGCUGACGCCGAACAAGGACACCUGCCAGAGCGACUCCGGUGGCCCUCUGUUCUAUACGGAUGCCAACAGUCGGGUGUAUCUGGUGGCCACGAUUGGAUACGGAAUCGCGUGCGCCACCAACCGACCGAGUGUCAACACGAACGUACUCCACUACCUAGCGUGGAUUCAAACGAGUACACCCGAGUGGAGUUACUGUUAUCAGUAA